UAGCCUGCCCUGGCCUGCCCUGCUCUCAGCUCUAGGUCAAAGCAGACAGAUUUGUGAGGUUAGCGAAAUGUUUCAUAUUUCGGAAUUGAUUGACAUCAAGAGCUUUUUGCUCCUUCUCUCCAUUGUCCUUCUGGUGUACUACAUCAAAACCAAACCACCUAAGAAUUUUCCUCCUGGACCGUGGUCAUUGCCUUUUAUCGGAGACUGGCAUCACAUUGACUUCAACAGAGUCCAUCUCCAGUUUGUCGAGCUUGCUGGAAAAUAUGGGCGCAUUUUCAGUGUUAAAGCUUUUGGACCGAGGACUGUUGUUCUCAAUGGACACAAGUUAGUGAGACAAGCAUAUGUCAACCAAGGAGAAGACUUUGUUGACCGGCCAUCCUUGCCUAUGUCUGCUGAUAUUAUAGGAGACAAAGGGCUUAUUAUGGCUAAUGGGUAUGCAUGGAAGCAGCAGAGAAAGUUUGCUCUUCACACCCUGAGGAGAUUUGGAUUGGGCAAUAGAAGCCUUGAGCCCUCCAUUCUUCAAGAAUGCAGAUAUUUAAAUGAAGCCAUCGCUAAUGAGCAAGGUAAAGCCUUUGACCCCCACUGGCUUAUUAACAACGCUGUGUCCAACAUAAUUUGCGUGCUGGUGUUUGGGGAGCGCUUUGAGUACUCCAACGAUGACUUUCAGUCCCUCCUGAAGAACAUCAACGAGAUCUUUCUCCUACAGGGAGGAGCUUGGCCUCAGUUGUACAACAUGUUUCCAUGGAUAAUGCGCAGAGUGCCAGGCCCACACAGAAAACUAUUUUCCCUUCUGAAUGGAGUGAUUGGUUUUGUCAGGAGGAAAAUAGAGGACCACAGAGUGGACCUUGACCCUUCAAACCCCAGGGACUACAUUGAUUGUUUCCUUGGAGAAAUGGAAAAGUGGAAGGAUGAUGAAGCAUCAGGCUAUAAUAUGGAGAACUUGUGCUACUGCACUCUGGACCUGUUUGUAGCAGGAACUGAGACCACAUCUACCACCUUGUACUGGGGGCUCCUGUACAUGAUCAGAAACCCUGAGAUACAGCGGAAGGUGCAAGAAGAGCUAGACCGAGUGGUCGGAUCUUCACGACAGCCCUCCUUGUCUGACAGGGAGAACUUGCCUUACACAGACGCCGUGCUCCACGAGACCCAGAGAAUUGGAAACGUCCUGCCUUUAAAUCUGCCCAGAAGCACCACCAAAGACACCCAAGUUGACAACUACAUCAUUCCCAAGGGCACAGCGGUGGUGGGCAGCCUGAACUCUGUUCUGUUUGAUGAGACGGAAUGGGAGACUCCUCACACCUUCAACCCAGGACACUUCCUGGAUGCAAAGGGGAAGUUCAGGAGGAGGGAGGCCUUCCUCCCCUUCUCUAUAGGGAAGAGAGUGUGCCUGGGAGAGCAGCUGGCCAGAAUGAACCUCUUUCUCUUCUUCGCCUCCCUGCUCCACCAGUUCUCCUUCUCAUCGUCAGAGGGAGUGCAGCCCAGUCUGGAGUUUCGACUUGGAUUCACUCGCAGUCCUCUGCCCAGUCAACUCUGCGCUGUUCCACGCUGAGAGGCUUUCUUUAAAAUGCUGUGCGUCCCUUUAAAUCUGACCUGUAUUUGUAUGAAUCCAGAUUGUAGUAGAGGAGGGCCUACACAUGGUGUUGUUACUUGCGGAUACACAAGUCUUUGACAUAACUUUAAACAAGUGACAUAAUCAGGUGAAGCCUGAAACUGUUUUGUUAUUUAUGUAAUAAAAUGAAACAUGGAACGGGGAUUCACACAACAAGGAAGGCGUCUGCUUGAUAACCAAAGUUAAAUGCUGUCAAAGGAUGUUCUGUUGGUGAUGUUUUUUGAUAAAGGGUGCUUAGUUGGUGAUUUUGUUUUUGAUGGUGAAGAAGCUUGUCUGUUGAUUGGCGUUGUGGGAAAUCUCCUACCCACCUACUGCAUUACGUGA